AUGAUGCUCGCUCUCCUUGCUCUUGCAGGUUCUGCCCUUGCCCUCACUUGCCCGGCUACUCAGAGGGAGGUGCUCGUCGAAAUCUACGAUGCCACUGACGGAGCAAAUUGGAAGACCAAUAAUUGGCUUUCGGGAGACUCUAUUUGCACCUGGACAGGUGUUACGUGUGAGGCCUCGAAUAACUACGUUAUCGCCCUGGAUCUUUCGGACAUGGGCCUUACAGGUACCAUCCCGGAGAACAUCGGCUGCCUUACUUACCUCAAGACCCUUUACUUGAGCAACAACUCAUUGGCUGGUGCCAUCCCAGAGGGUCUGUGCCAAUUGACGAACCUCCAGUACUUGCAGGUCAAUAGUGCCGGUCUGACAGGCGAUAUUCCCGAGUGCAUGUGCGACCUCAUUCACCUAAUGUUCUGGUACAUGAGUGACAACGCUCUCACAGGCUCCAUCCCCACCUGCAUCAAUGAGCUUCAAUUUCUCAAGGAGCUCCACCUAGACUGCAAUCAGCUGUCAGGCACGGUCCCUGUUGGCCUUAUGACGCUCCCCUACCUUAUGGAGCUCUAUCUCAACUGCAACCCUGACCUCACAUGCCCCGAUGCGACUGGAGUGCAGUUCGUCUUCAAGUGCGGAGAUGUCGACUGUGAGAACUGUGGAACCUUGCCACCAACCAACUGUGCCCAGUGCUUUACUGAUCCGGACUGCGGAGAGUACUGCCUCACCCCGCCUUGA